GCUGAUGAGCUUUUAAUUCUGAAUACCUUUAUUGUCUGCCUUCCUCCCUGGAAGAGGACUCGUCUGGAACAGGCUAGCAGAGUAAGGAUCACCAUGUCCUUGUCUUAACAGGGCAUCAAUAAGAUCUUUUUAUUAAUGCGGAACUAAGACUGCUGACUGCCAACCCCUUUUCCUCAAAUACAAAUAAUACUUUAUAGAGCAGUAUUUAGCACCAUAGUUCAACACAGAAUUGCCAGCUACCCACAGAACAGCCAUUGGGGUACCAGGAUAUAGUCUUUGCAAGAGCGGUGGUAGUGAAAAUUAAAUAAUGCAACAGCAGAAACAGGGAUGCUGAGGUGGCUACGAGUAGAAGUUGCCAGGUCCAGUACCCCAAUAAAUGCAAGGGCACCACACCUCCCCACACCCAAGUCCAGCUAGUAACAAGGCUUGGAAAGUAUUACCAGAAGGCAAAAAUGCCUGUGUCCAGUGGCACUGAUCAUCACACAAAACACACAGGACUCAAGUACGAAUGGUAUGAGUGCCUGAAUUCUCUUCAGCCAAUCAGUUUGUAAGUCUACUAGUACAGUAUAUUCAUUAACACAAACAUCAUGAAAUCAUUCAGUACCUGGCCUUAAGCAGUCUAUCCAGUAACCAGCUGCUGGACUUCUGGCAUCAGGGCAUAUGAAUGGAGAAAUUCAUCUCCCUGCUAGCUGAUCUAGGAAUGUGGCCUUCCAAUAGGUACUUCUCAGGCAGCCACCCCAUUUUCCCCAGUAAGCUGGCUUAGCCCUACCUCCAGUAAGCACCCUGCUGACACUGAUCUCUCCCAUACCUGGUCCUGGGCUCCAAAGCCCAUUCUCCCAAAUUGCUCUCUAGUCUGGCUCCUUCACUAGGGAUCACACAUGCUUGCAUUCCACCUAGCCCUGGCCCCUCCCUGCAUGUGCUGAAGUCUUCCCAUUUGCUGGAACCACUGGCUGCUCUGAUCUGUGUCCUAAUCCCAGUUGCUGGCACUUAGACCUCCAGAGGCACACAGCGUAGACAGUCUGCUCACUCUGGGGAAAAAAACCAUACAAGUCGGGUUAAGUAAGACAGCACAGACUACAGAGAUAAUUCUUACUGAUCAGCAACAUUUUAAAACAUUACCACUUUCUUCACUUUUAUUUUUCCUUCAAUGUUCCCAUGGGUUUUUUUCUCCUAAUCCACUUUGACUCCUCACUCUCCUUUGGUGCUUCUCUUAAUAUACCCACAUUAGAAACCCAUGAUAUAUCUCGCACAUUCCCAGAAUUCCCUAAAAAGGAUCUCAUGGUAGGUUUUUUCACAUCCCUAACUGCUCUUUUCCCCCCAUGUGCCACCCUAAGGCAAAUGCCCCGACAGACAGGGAUACCUCUCAGUCUGUAGGCAUUCCGGGAGUCCCUCUACCUCGCUCUGGGUGGAAGCCAGGCCCAGGGACUGACUGCAGCCCUCACAGCCCCGCGCGCCGGGCCGGGCCGGGCGGCACCGAGGGCGCUGUGGGACCGGCGUCUCGCGCCGCGGGCGGGCCGGCAUCGCGCAUGCUCACUGAGGCCGGCGACAGCGCCCCACCAAUCGCCUCGGCGUGGUUUAAAUUUGGCGCCUCGCUCGCUGAUUGGUCAGGCCCCGCGGCCAACACAAUCAGAGCAAGCGCGUUGGUAUCACACAAGCGACCAGUCAGCAAAUAGCUUCUUCCGGCAAACGCACCAAUAGCUAGGGGCGGUGGCGCUGUCCAAUGAGCUGGACCCUACUUGGCGGGAGGUUAUAAAAAUCCCGGGCGCGGCACCUCCAGGCGCAUCGGUUCAGCAGCGGAGCGAGACGCCAUGUCGGGCCGUGGCAAGAGCGGCGGGAAGGCCCGUGCUAAGGCCAAGUCUCGCUCGUCCCGGGCUGGACUGCAGUUCCCGGUAGGGCGCGUUCACCGACUGCUGCGGCGCGGGCACUACGCGGAGCGGGUGGGGGCCGGUGCGCCCGUCUACCUGGCGGCCGUGCUCGAGUACCUGACCGCUGAGAUCCUGGAGCUCGCGGGCAAUGCGGCACGCGACAACAAGAAGACGCGCAUCAUCCCCCGUCACCUGCAGCUAGCCGUGCGCAACGACGAGGAGCUCAACAAGCUGUUGGGCGGCGUUACCAUCGCGCAGGGCGGCGUCCUGCCUAACAUUCAGGCCGUGCUGCUGCCCAAGAAGACCAGCAAGAAGGGCAGUGGGCAGCAGUCGCAGGAGUACUAGGCCGGCCGGCCCUCCCGGCCCAACUCAAAGGCCCUUUUCAGGGCCACCCCAUUGCUCACCGGGAGAGCUGCGAUCCGCGGAGGGAAAGGGACGGGAGGCGUGGCCGGCCGUGGCUGCGGGAGCGGGGGCCGGGGGGAGGAAACGGCCCGGGGCCCGUCAAACACCGAGCGUGAGAGCUGAGAGCUGCUCCGAAAGGACCCCUUAUUUUAACUCUUACCUACCUCUGGUACAUUCCAUGGACGUUGCCUAGAAAAUAAAACUGCAUAAGACCGCAACACGGUGCCGUUACAGUGUUUCUGCAAGGCACUGUAACGAUGGAGCGCUGCUCAGAGGAUGCUGACCUACUAGCAAGUGCAGGAAGCCACAGUAUCUGGAAUUUGGGCUUCUGCUUCAGGUCCCCCUUCACUGGCAAGUCUAGCUAACUGGCUCUCAUGACUUCUGUGGACAAACAUACAAGGGAAACCAAAAUUUAAUACUAGCUAAUCUAGCUAGUAUAGCUAAUUAUAUCUAUAUAUAUAUAGAUAUAUAAAUAUAUUUAUUUAUAUAUAAUCAAUCUAAAACUAGCCAAUUGGCUAGUGUAUCAGGUGCAUCUGCCUGAUAACAGUGAACUUACUUUACCUUCACUAAGGCUAAUGGUGAAUGUAGCAUCUCUGCUACUUUACUGUAAGGAACAUGGUGUCAGGAAC